GUCGGUCACAUGUUGGAUGAGCUCGAGUCGUUAUGUUCAUUUUUCAAUUUACUGCGUUUCCAGCUUCUGGUCAGUAUUGCAGCAUGGCCGACGACGACCCCACAGCCGACAUCGCCAGCGCAAAAGGCAUCCCAACGUUGGAGGAGCUGCUUGGCCCCGAGAUAUUAACCACCGAGGGCGUGGUACCAACUGAAGAGGCCCUCGCAGGCAAUAAGGUGAUUGGAAUCUACUUUGCCGCGUACUGGUGUCCACCUUGCCGGUCGUUUACCCCGAUCGUGUCGCGGCUGUACGAAGACUUGGCCGACGCCCACACCGACAUCGAGAUCGUGUUUGUGUCGUGUGACCGCACCCAGGAACAAUUCGACGAGUACUGGGGCGACUACAUGACGUUUCCAGCCCUUCCGUACGAACCCCGCUCAACCAAAACCGACUUGGGCAAGAGAUUUGGUGUCAAGUUCAUCCCCACACUCAUAUUUCUCGAUGCCGAGACCAAGGAAAUCAUUACACGGUCCGGCGUCGAUAUCGUCGAAGGCGGUGUCGACGAACAGGAUUAUGUUGCCAGUGUCCGUGACGCUCUUGGCUUGGAGGCUGCUGUACCUUGAACAAAGCUAAUUAAUACUAUGUGUCGUAUGUGUUGUCC